AUGUUUAUUUCAUUAUUAGCUACCUUGGCAUUGUCUGCCAUUAUGAAUAAUGAAUUUACUAAUGCAAUUGAUCAAGCUGGACGUGACGCAGUAGUUUAUUGGCACAAUUACUUCCGUGCUGAAUUAACUGCGGGAAGGGUUAAAAACAAAACUGGAGAGUUUUUGCCAAAAGCAAAAGAUUUGAAAAAAAUGGAAUUUUCUUUAGAACUUGAAAAGCAGGCACAGGCAUGGGCUGAUAAAUGCACUUAUACUGCUGCCAUCGAGUAUGUAGUAAAAGGAUGGUGGUCAGAGUUAGAAUACAGAGGAGCUUUGGGACCUUAUCCAGGCCAAGACUGCGUUCCAUUUGAUGCACCCCAAAAUAAUAGAGGUAUCGGACAUUGGACACAACUUGCUUGGUGGCAAACUUAUCAAGUUGGGUGUGGAAUUGGACGUUGCCCUCUAUAUAAAACUUAUGUUGUUUGCCAAUACAAACCACCGUAA